GCAGAGGCGAUAAGGACGCAGCACCCAAAAACAUGGAGAAAUCUAAAAACUUUCGCAUUGACGCGCUUUUAGCAGUCGAUACACCCAAAGUGCAGACCUCUCCUCUGGCUCUGGUGACUUCCAUGUCCUCCUCCAUCUCCAACCAGUCGUCGUCUGGAGGCUCGGAGCUGACCGGUGCAGAGUCUUUACGCACGGAGACACCGUCUCCACCGAGGAUCUCCAGCUGCGGGUUGAUUCCUAAACCUGGUUUCCUGAACAGUCCGCACAGCAUGCUUGGAUUACAUCCGCAGAGCACCGCAGGGAUCCCCGCACAGGCUCUCUACGGACACCCCAUGUACACCUACUCUGCCCUGGCAGGCCAACACCCAGCCCUGUCCUACUCCUCCUAUCCACACAGCUCCCAUCACCACCACCACACUGAUCCCAUCAAACUGACAGCCAGCACCUUCCAGCUGGACCACUGGCUGAGGGUCUCCACAGCUGGGAUGAUGCUGCCCAAAAUGUCAGACUUUAACUCUCAGGCUCAGUCUAACUUGCUUGGCAAGUGCAGAAGACCAAGAACUGCAUUCACAAGUCAGCAGCUGCUGGAGCUGGAGCAUCAAUUCAAGCUGAAUAAGUACCUGUCACGACCGAAGCGCUUUGAAGUGGCAACGUCCCUCAUGCUGACAGAAACUCAGGUUAAAAUCUGGUUCCAGAACAGACGCAUGAAGUGGAAGAGGAGUAAGAAGGCCAAAGAGCAGGCCGCCCAGGAGGCCGAGAAGCAGAAAGGCAACAAGGGCAACCAGGAGAAAUCUGACGAGCAGUCGGACUAUAAGAGCAAGACAGACUCUAAAAACGGCAGAAUAAGAGACUUUAGAGACAGUGACGACGACGAGGGAGAAAAUUUCCUGUACAACUCGUCAGACUGCUCCUCGGACGACGAGAGGAAUCAAACCAGUGACAUCAGUCCGCAGCCCUGAAGCUGCAAGGAGGGUGAAGGUGGAGAUCUCCAUUUGUAAUGACUAUUUGGGGGGAUUUUCUCCAUAAAAAAAUGUGGUUGCAUGUAACCCAAUCACCUCCAUGGAAUUAAUGAGCAUUUGUUUGUCAUGAAAAGAAUAAAAUUUAGGUCAAGAAUUGAUGAUCUUGGUUGGUAAACAAGCAAUAAAGCAGGAAAUGUUAUUAUAGGAGCAGCAUUCAGCACUCUGUAAACUGUGACAUGUUGCAUGGUUUAUAUGUGAAAAGCUGUAAACUGGCUCAGGACUUUGCAAUAUUUCUCCUGCUAUGAUGGUUAGUUUGUCAACAUUUCAAUCAUAAUUCAAACUACAGUAAAUAAUCCGCUGUGUUAUUUUGACCAUAUUUUGUUCUUCGUGGUAUUCCCUAUACUGUGUCAUAUCACGCUGAAUAAAAAACCUUAUGUUUAUUUUUCUAUACUGUAUUUAUAAAACAUCCCAGUGCAUGGUAAAUUAUUGUUUAGCGUCUAUCUUGCUGCAAACAAUGUGAAAUAAAAAUGUUUUAAUAUAAAAACCUAAAAAAAAAAAAAAGUUGGCAUUUGUAAUUUUUUUUUUUUUAAAUUCAUUUUUAUUUGGAGACAAGAGUAUUUUCUUUUUUUAAUGUAAUUUUCUAAUAAUUAAAAAUAUAGUCCUUUUUUUCCCUCGCAGUGUCUCAGCGCGGAUGGAUCAGAUGCGAACAGAGACGCUCG